AUGCUUUCCAAAUUUGAUCCUGUUAUACAGAAACACGUAAAACGAAUUAAAGAUAAAGAAACUCAUGUCCAUUACCUAGGACACAGAAUUCAAGAUGAGUUGAUAGAAAUAAUGGCAAAUGAAGUUCGAAAAUCAAUUAUAAAUUUAAUUAAAAAACAUAGGUACUAUUCCGUGAUCAUUGAUUGCACUCCAGAUAUUAGCCACCAAGAGCAAGUAUCCUUAGUAUUUAGAAUUGUCAACAUGCAUUGGGACAAAUUAACAGAACCAAGCAUUCAAGAAUUGUUUAUGGACUUCGUGAAUAUUCAUUCAACGUCAGGAUUAAGUCUUUCAAAUUUGUUGAUUUCAAAGCUUGCAGAAUAUGAGAUACCUCUUAGUGACUGCCGAGGUCAGGGGUAUGAUAACGGAAGCAAUAUGGUUGGAGAAUAUCAAGGAGUACAGUCACGUAUUCGAGCUCAAAAUCAAAGAGCAUUUUUUGCCCCAUGUGCUGCUCAUAAGCUAAACUUACUCCUUUGUGAUGUUUCUCAAAGUUGUAUUAGAGCAAUAUCAUUUUUUGGAAUGAUUGAACGUGUGUACACUCUAUUUUCAGCGUCUACAAAAAGAUGGGAUAUUUUAAAAAAACACUGCUCUAUAGUGUUAAAAAAGUGGACAGCUACACGAUGGGAAAGUAGAUAUAAAUGUGUUAAAGCGAUCAGAGAUCAACUACCUGAGGUACUAAAUGCUUUAGAAGAAAUAGCUGAAUGCUCUAAUGAUCCAAAGUCAGUGAGUGAAGCAAAAUCAAUUAUAGAUGAAUUGAUGAGUUUUGAAUUUGUUUUGAGUCUGGUAAUCUGGCAUGAUAUUUUGGGUCAAGUUAAAAUUGUAAACAGAAUCUUACAAGAUCCUAAAAUGGAUUUAGAUGCAUCGGCUAGCAGCUUAGGGAGUCUUAUCACUUUUCUAGAAAAAUAUCGUACAAAUGGAUUUGAAAACGCCAAAUUGGUUGGAAUAGAAAUCGUUGAAUCUAUUGGUGGAACUGCUAACUUCAAGGAAAAAAGACCAAGAAAGAAAAAAAAAAUGUUUAACUACGAAAGUAACGAUGAAUAUACAAUUAGUUCAGAAGAAGAAUUUCGUCGUGAUUACUUUUUGAUUCUAAUUGACCGUGCUACUGAAGCAUUGAGAGUACGAUUUGAGUACCAGAGCACAUUUAACUCCAAUUUUGGAUUUUUGUACAGAAUUGGAAAACUUAAACAUCAAAAUGAUGAUUUUAUUAAAAAUUGUUGUAACGAUUUGCAAAACGUAUUGAGUGAAGGCAAUUCUAGAGAUAUAAAUGGUGCAGAUUUAUACAUGGAACUUCUUAUUUUUCGAAGUAUAGUAGACGAAAACGCAACACCUCUGCAGGCAUUAUCUUUUUUAAAAAACGUUUCUAGUUCAUUUCCAAAUAUAGAAGUGGCAAUUAGAAUAAUGCUCACCAUACCAGUUACAUCAGCUGGUGCUGAACGUUCAUUCUCUAAAUUGAAGCUGAUAAAAAAUUAUUUAAGAAGCAAUCUAUCACAGCAUAAGUUAUCGGACCUGGCCCUUAUCAGCAUCGAACAUAGUAUUGCCGAUUCUUUGAGCUACAAUGAGACAAUUGAUCAGUUUGCAUCAAAAAAAAUACGGAAAAAAAUAUUUAAAUAA